GUGCGGUUUGCUUUUAUUAGUGCGAGUAAGUGAUUCGUUUCGUCCCAUGAUGGCCACCAGCAAAUAUCGAGGGGAUGCUUCACUGGUGACGUUUUUCCAAUUUUGGUUGUUUACCAUCGCCUUCUUCGUCGCUCCUGCACAAGGUAAGGAUUCUGUUUCAUUCCCAAAUAAGCACAUCCUUAAUCAACUCAUAUUAAAAGGAAGGAUAGAAUUGACUUCAAAACAGAUUUCCACAACCGUUCUUAUGAUAUUUGCUUCUUCUACAAAUGUAUUUGGCAGUGAUCAAGAUGAUCAUCAUGGUGCCCAUUACCAUUUCGACUACUCUGUCCACGCUCCUCACACCGGAGACAAAAAGGCCCAAACGGAAACGAGGGAUGGUAAAUUCUUAAAAGGGUCCUAUACGCUUCAUGAGGCUGAUGGUACGAAGAGAGUUGUGGAAUACGCUUCCGAUCCAUAUCACGGAUUUCAGGCUUUGGUUAAACGACUGGGACAUGCCGAACAUCCCCACCAUGCUGAAAGUCAUGUUGGUGUUACUCAUUGGGGACAUUUUUAAAUUUACUGAACUUUCAUACUCUACAAAUUAUUUAAUAGAGUACAUUGUACAAUUGUUACAGGCAUAAAGGGUUGGA